CUUGCCGGUGAUAUCUAAAUUUGGGAGCACGUUUAAACACUGGGGAAACCUGACGAGAACAACCCAUGAAGAAACAAAGGAAGGCUGCCAAUGUUUUUAGACACGGUGUUACUUCAGUUCGCAGAUGCUGAGUACCAAUGGAAGGGGCCCUUCUACUUUAUCCAAGGAGCAGAUCCUCAGUUUGGACUGAUGAAAGCGUGGACACAUGGAGACACUAACAAUGGAGAUGAUGAAUGGGAAGAAGAAAUUAAAUUAGCAGAGCAAGCAGUGCAGGCCGUUAACAAACUAAACCCUAAACCCAAGUUCUUUGUGCUGUGUGGAGACCUUGUCCAUGGAAUGCCAGGAACCCGAUGGAAAAAAAAACAAGAGCAAGAUUUAAAGGAUGUUCUGAAAAACACUGACCAGGACAUACCACUGGUAUUUGUCAGUGGGAAUCAUGAUAUUGGCAAUACUCCAACAAGAGAAACCAUAGAUGAUUAUUGCAAGAACUGGGGAGAUGACUACUUCAGCUUUUGGGUUGGAGGUGUUUUCUUUCUUGUGUUGAAUUCUCAGCUAUAUUGUGAUUCUUCCAAGUGCCCUGAGUUAAGGCAAGCCCAGGAUGCCUGGCUCGAUGAGCAGCUGGCUGCUGCUGCAAACCAGAAAUGCAAGCAUAUAAUUGUAUUUCAGCACAUCCCUCUGUUUCUGAGCAAACCUGAUGAAGAUGACAAUUAUUUCAACUUGGAUAAAUCAGUUCGUCAGGAGAUAAUGGAAAAGUUUCAUAAAGCAGGCAUUAGAGCUGUCUUUUCUGGGCAUUACCAUAGGAAUGCUGGAGGGUCCUACAAAGGCCUGGAAAUGGUGGUGUCAUCAGCUAUAGGAUGUCAGCUGGGACAGGAUACACACGGCCUUCGAGUGGUGGUUGUGACAGAGGAGAAGGUGGUGCACAGAUACUGCAGUUUAACUGAACUGGGCAGCCAUGGUAUAGAGAAGGAGCUGCUGGAUAUGCUUGCUAAGUAAAAGUAGGCUGUGUCAAAAUAUGUGUUUCCAUAUUAGAUAAAUAUAAACAGUUUCAUAAAGUUUCCCCAAGCCGAACUACAGAUUUCUGACUGCAGUGUCCCAGAACAGCUCUCAGUUUGUUGUUGUCCUAAAUAACAAGGAAGUUGUUGACAUGUUUUUCUUUUUGAAAAUGAGACCUAUGAGGAGUAUGGGAGAAGAGCAGAGCUGUAUGGUAAUGUGUCAGUGAAAAGUACAGUUCUGAGUAUUUUUGCUUUGCUCCUGGAUAAUAUUUUCUUAUUACAGAGAAACUGGUGUCUGUAUAACCAUUAAACUUGAGAGGGUAUUUUAAAAAAACAUUAAUAAAUUUAGUAAUUUCUGUUACCUCCUGAACAAUAUGAAUGGGACACAUUUUUACAGAAAUAAAGCUCAAAAAAUGUGAAAUCAGCAGACUCCUGCUGACUUUUAGCAACUUUUGGAUCAUUUCCUGUUACCUUGGUGUCAUAUUUUCUCCCAUUUCCCACACUUUACUUUCUUAGCUCUUCAGAGCCAGGAGCAACAGAGAGCAGACACAUUCUGGUUUGCAGUCACAGCUUGGGUUUCUGUUAUAUCUCUUACAAAGUUUUAUAUAAUGUUAUAUAGUUUUAUAGUUUCCAUUAUAUAGUUUUAUAUAAUGAAAAGUCUAAUGAGGCUGAUAUAAAUGUCACUGACAGAAACUAAAGGUGAAACAACUAUUUCUGUUUUGAAAUUUCACUACCAUUCAAUUAGCAUAUAUUCUGGCUCUAGUUAUUGAAGUUGGAAUAAUUGCUUGGGGAGAAUAUUCUGUAUAUCUGUAAUACUGUAAUCAGAAGUCACUUUGUUGAUUCCUAGACAAGUGGAGAGCUUUGAUUUCCAAAUGCAAUGUAGAAUGCCUUACUGUAAGACAGUACAGAAUGCUACAGAAUAUUGAAAACCCUAAAAAGUAUGUUUUCUUGACUGCAGUAAGUCUUUAAAAACAAAUUUAUGAAAUAGUUUACAUGCUGCAAUCCACCUCUUUUUUUAGCAAGUGUAUCUAAUUUGUUGGAAAUAAAGUCUUCAUGUAAUUAACUUGUA